GAACCAAUUUGUCUACUCAUCAUUUGUGUCUUACAUACUAUUACAUUAAUCACAAGCUCUACAAUGGUUGUUUUGUCUCAUGUUAUGACAAUGGUUGGGUUUGCCCUAGCCUUCCUAAUCUCUGUGCCUUCCAUGGUUGCCCAUGCUGGGAACCUGUACCAAGAUGUUGAUGUCACUUGGGGAGAUGGCAGAGGUAAGAUUCUGAACAAUGGUCAGCUUCUUACUCUGUCCCUUGACUCUGCCUCUGGCUCUGGCUUUCAGUCCAAGAACCAGUUUCUCUAUGGGAAGAUUGACAUGCAAAUCAAACUUGUCCCUGGAAAUUCCGCUGGCACAGUCACCGCUUAUUACUUGCGUUCAGAAGGGUCAUCUUGGGAUGAGAUAGAUUUUGAGUUCCUGGGAAAUCUGAGCGGUGAUCCCUACAUAGUUCAUACUAAUGUGUACACACAAGGCAAGGGUAACAGAGAGCAGCAAUUCUAUCUCUGGUUUGACCCAACUGCGGAUUUUCACACCUAUUCCUUUCUCUGGAAUCCUGCACACGUUGUAUUCUAUGUUGAUGGUAGACCAAUUAGGGAGUUCAAGAACUUGGAGGGUGCGGGUGUUGAAUACCCAAAGAAGCAACCAAUGAGGUUAUAUUCAAGUCUGUGGAACGCUGAUAAUUGGGCAACAAGAGGAGGGCUUGUGAAGACCGAUUGGAGCCAAGCACCAUUCACUGCAUCAUUCAGGAACUUGAGAGUGAAUGGAUGCGUUUGGUCCAAUGGGGCUUCUUCAUGCAACUCUGUUUCUUCUGAUAAAACUUGGCUUUCUCAACAGCUUGAUGCCACAAACCAGAAGAUGCUAAAAUGGGUGCAGAAGAAUUACAUGAUUUACAAUUACUGCACAGACAUAAAACGAUUCCCUCAGGGUCUCCCUCUGGAAUGCACAGUUCGCACCAAGUCAUCAUAAGAAGAAUACAAUUCAUCACUAUUCAUCACUGCUCUUGUAUAUGUGUGUGCAUUCUUUUUUGUUUUUCCCACUAUACGACAUAUCGUGUCUGUGUCAUUCUUUCUGCAAUUAAUUUGAACUCAGAGGACGUGCUAUGUAAUCAUUUUUAUUAAAAUAGAAUAAAUAAAUAAAGUGGGUGUUUAUUUUUAGCAA